UCAGCUCCAGCUGAUACCCAGAAGGAAGCACCACUUCCACCCAACACCCAUUCCCCACAUUUUUUCGCACCUACACAUGGAGAGAGAGUGGCAAUUACCCAGCAGGUGCUUUUCCUGAUCAGAUGAGCUGUUUAGACAACAGACACUACAGCUAUCCACAUACCACAGAGCAGUUGCCGAGAGGAUACAUGGAGGCACUUCAUACCUGCCUCUUACAGCUGGGAAGAGUGUCAAGAGGCCAGCACAGAAGAAAAUGGGCAAGAUGCUGCUUUGGACAUCAGUCCUGGGGUAUUGCAAUGGACUGUCUCAGCUCUAUAUAGCUCUUGAUGAAUGCACAGAAGCUGGGUGAGGCAGCUACGGACAUGUCACGCUGAUGACAAUGGUUAGGGUGACCUUCAUCCUGGUCAUCCUCAAGGAUCUUUGCUCUCUGCAAGCCAUUUAACAGCAACAUCACCGACUAAAAUGUAGAUACUAACACCCAAACUUCUUGUGAAUGCAGCUGCAGCCUGAGAAACUCAAAAAACAAUCCAUGUCUGCCCAGAAAGGGAUGGCUUGAACCUGAGCUGCUUCCCACGUGGCAGCAAAGCCAAGAGCCUGAACCCUAAGUAACAUCAGUUGACAGAAAAAAUACAAGACAAAUCAUAUGAGUCAGCUAAAUGUAUACAAAAUGUUCUGAUUACAGAGAAAUGCACUAGAUUCCAACAUUAUACAUAAUAAACACGAAGCAUACCAUGCAAGGGCAGCAGCUUCUGCCAGAACCAGAAAAGCCCACUCUGGAAAUCACAAGUCAAGCUCAGGUUGAUGUCUCAAUAUUAACAGGCUACAGAAGGAGGGAACAGUUUCAGAACAUGUCAUUGCAAAUGAUUUUGUAGCCGAGUAACCCAUUGUAAGGGUGGCUCUGAGCAGACUUGCUGGUCACGUAUUUGAUAAUGACUAGUCCUGUCGAGAACAGGUGAAUUUACACACACAAACAAGAACACAGAGCUACAUUUGAGGAUUAUCCCAGAAAUUUUUCAGGAAACACUCUGUUUGUUCAUCCACAUCUCUAAAGGAGCCACAUCAUAACGGCACAGUGUAGGUGUCAUCAGGUCUGCCACACACAAAGAGAAAGCCAGAAAAUGUGCCUGUCUUGGAUAUAGUAUUUUUUCUUCAUUAGUGUAGGAGAAGGUAGUGUACUUUCUGACAGAGUGCAAAAGGAAGAGAGAAAAGCAACAGCAAACGUGAUUAACUAACUCAGGCGACACGUGAAAACGAGGAAGGAAACAACACACCAACAGAAAAAGUCUCAUCUUUCUACACAUUUCCCCAUUCUUAAUACUGUGCUCGAGGCUUCUGCCAGCAGAGGAACAGCGGAUGACCCGGAGAAAGCCAAAGACCCCUCUCUGAAACAGCUGCUGCCAGGUUUGCUCAGUCUAUUUCAAACAAUGGGAGACUUCGCAAACAAGAGUAUCAUCAGUAACUCCAGCGGAGCACCCUCCUCUGCACCGUGCCAACGAGACACCACAGUCACCCACCUGGUCUUCCCAGUACUGUAUACACUCGUCUUCCUUCUGGGACUCGUACUGAACAGCCUGGCUUUCUGGGCUUUUUUCCAUAUCCCAAGCACAUCAACUUUCAUUGUCUACCUGAAAAAUAUCUUAGUUUCUGAUUUUGUAAUGACCCUGAUGCUUCCUCUGAAAAUCCUGACGGACUCUGGCCUGGGACCGUGGCAACUCAAAGCCUUUGUCUGUCGCUUCUCAGCCGUAGUAUUUUAUGACACCAUGUAUAUUAGCAUCGUGCUACUUGGCCUCAUUGCUUUUGACAGAUUUCUCAAGAUUGUGAGACCUUUUGGGAAGUUCUGGGUGCAAAACCUGACCUCAGCAAAAAUUCUUGCGGGUCUGGUCUGGCUCUUCUUCUUUGUUCUCUCUCUGCCUAACAUGAUCUUAUCAAACAAGAAAGCAACACCCCAGUCCGUGAAGAAGUGUGCCUCGUUGAAGAACUACUUUGGACUCAAAUGGCAUGAAGCCGUCAAUUACAUCUGCCAGUUCAUUUUCUGGACUGUUCUCAUCCUUAUGUUCCUAUUUUACAUAAUUAUUGCCAAAAAGGUAUACGAGUCUUACGUAAAAACACAGAAGAAAGACAACAAGAGUGAACAAAGGAUCAAGGGGAAAGUAUUCAUCAUUUUUACUGUGUUUUUCAUAUGCUUCGCCCCCUUUCAUUUUAGCAGGGUUCCCUACACUCUGAGUCAAACGACCACCCACAUGGGCUGCCACCUGCAGAACCAGCUCUACAUUGCGAAAGAGAGCACUCUGUGGCUGGCAACCACAAACGUCUGCAUGGACCCCCUGAUAUACAUGUUCUUGUGCAAACCAUUUGUAGAAAAAGUGUUAUGCGGGAGAGUAAAGAUAUUUCAGAAUACAGAUCAAACCAACACGAAAACCGAACUGGACACACGGACGUUGGCGACUCAAUCUUGACUCUGCAGCCUCACGCUCCACAGUCUCUGCAUGUUCAUAGAGAAGUUUCAAGUAAUUUACUUCUUCUGUAGAAAAUGAAAGGGUGGUUGUACUCUAAUACUAAU